CACAAGUUAAAAGCACACCCUCCAAGGUUAUUCAGUUAAAGCACAUAGCCGCUAUAAUCAUACUCUCUGACAGUCCUUUCACAGUGCUUAAUUGUCCGUCCACUUUAUCAGGUUUGAGAUAAUAAUGCAUUAGUGCUAAGCCUCCCUCAUCAAAGUACUUGAGAAAUGUGAGCCCGCCCCCUUUUAGGAGUAAAACCUAAUAUUUCUCCGCGCUGGGAGAGGGUGAGGGAGAGACUCGGCCAGGAUUGUGGGAGCGAAGAGAAACAGCCCUCACAACAUCAUCAGCUACAGACGUCCACGGCUUCAACCGUCCCUUCCUUUCGCCGACACAUCACUGGAGACCAAGCAACCAUCCUCACUGUCCUCAAAGACACUGUCAGACGAGAGAGCGGCUAGUUUUUGAUAUCAUUUUAGAGUGCCGUUCUUUUUUGAGUUGCGUUGCUGCCGGUGCUGGAUUUAAGUGCGUCUUUGCGAAGUCCAUCCCGGGCAUCCAACCGCUUCCUUCACGCUCUGUCAUUCGGCCGGACGACACAACCGGAGACUGCCUGUGGUAUCUCGCACUUACCGGACAGAUUUCAUGCAUAAUAAAGUACGGAUGCUGGAAUCUUUGAAUUGAUCAGAGCAAGAAGAGAAGAAAGAGAAGGAAAAGCGUUUUGAGGAGAGGCAGAAGAAGAGCGAGGGAAGAAAGACAGCAUAAAGUUAAAGGAGAGGUGAGAAGAAGAAGACGGGGACAAUGGGGAGGAAAAAGAUUCAGAUCACGCGGAUUAUGGAUGAACGCAACAGACAGGUGACGUUUACAAAGAGGAAGUUUGGCCUGAUGAAGAAGGCGUAUGAGCUGAGCGUGCUGUGUGACUGUGAGAUCGCCCUCAUCAUCUUCAACAGCACCAACAAGCUGUUCCAGUAUGCCAGCACUGACAUGGACAAGGUGCUGCUCAAGUACACUGAGUACAACGAGCCCCACGAGAGCAGGACCAACUCUGACAUCGUGGAAACGUUGAGAAAGAAGGGCCUAAAUGGCUGUGACAGCCCUGACCCUGACGCAGACGACUCCGUCGGCCACAGCCCCGAGUCUGAGGAAAAGUACAGGAAAAUAAACGAAGACAUUGAUCUGAUGAUCAGCAGACAGAGACUGUGUCAGGGUGUGCCCUCCUCCAACUACGAGAUGCCGGUGUCCAUCCCUGUUAGCAACCAGAACAGUCUCAUCUACAGCCACCCAGGAGGUUCCCUAGGCAACCACAACCUGCUGCCCCUGGCACACCACAUGCAGAGGAACAGCAUGUCCCCCAGUGUCACACAUAGACCUCCCAGUGCAGGUGGCCUCAUGGGUGCUGACCUCACCACUGGCGCGGGCACCAGUGCUGGCAACGGCUACGGGAACCACCACCGUAACUCGCCCGGUCUACUGGUCUCUCCGGGCAACAUGAACAAGAGCAUGCAGGCCAAGUCUCCCCCGACCAUGAACCUGGGUAUGAACAGCAACCGCAAGCCUGACCUGCGGGUGCUUGUCCCCCCUGGAGCCAAGAACAACAUGCCCUCCAUCUCUGAGGAUGUCGAUCUGCUAUUGAACCAGCGAAUAAAUAACUCCCAGUCUGCACAGUCAUUGGCCACCCCUGUGGUUUCUGUAGCAACGCCCACCCUACCUGGGCAAGGCAUGGGCGGUUACCCAUCAGCCAUGUCCACUUCAUACGGUACUGAAUACUCACUGAGCAGUGCAGACCUGUCCUCCCUGUCCGGCUUUAACAGUGGUAGCUCCCUCCACCUGGGCUCCAUGAGCGGAUGGCAACAGCAACACCUCCAGAACAUGCAGCAGCACUCUGCCCUCAGUCAGCUGGGGAAUUGCAAUAGCAAUCACUUAUGUCACAAUUCAAAUCUCUCCCUGCCUUCUGCUCAAAGCCUGCACAUCAAGUCCGAACCUGUUUCUCCUCCUAGAGAUCGCACCAGCAGCACACCGGGGGGCUACGGCGUCCCACAGCAACAGAACCCCUCGUCCCGCCAGGACUCAGGCCGCUCCCCUGUCGACAGCCUGAGUAGCUGCAGCAGCUCCCACGAGGGCAGCGACCGCGACGAGCACAGGAACGAGUUCCACUCUCCACUGGGAAUGUCCCGGCCUGCCCUGGACGGGCGCGAGAGCCCCUCGGUCAAACGCGUGCGCCUGUCCGAGGGAUGGGCCACAUGAUAGCCACACACAACGCUGGCCGUCGCUCAAGCUCCGCUCACGCUGCGACAUCAUGAUGCCCCGACACCCUUACCCUCGAUAUCACCACGCGACGCGUCACUCACCUCCAGAGCCCAUGCUCUCUCUAUCUCUCUCUCUCUCUCUCCCAUGCUCUCUCUAUAUCUAUCUCUCUCUCCCUCAAUCUCAUUGGAGGAAGGGGAGUACCCUUUUCUAAAUGUAACUGUAAUGUUUUCUUUUUGCUUUUUGCAGAGUAUGUGUGCUAUACAUAUUGGAGUUAUAUAAAGCAGUGGGGGAGGUUGGUUGGGAUUGGGGUUAAGGGAUAUUUUUGGUGGGGAACUAUGCAUUACUUGUGCCGUGUGUGGGGGAAAAAAAUGUAUGCUUUUAUAUUUACACGUGUGUCUAUGUGUACAUAUAUGCAUAUCAACAAAUAAACAAAAAAAGUCAGGUACUCUGUUUUGUAAAAGUACUUAUAACUUUCCUCAGUGAUAAUCAGUGACUAGUACAGGCAAAAAAUCCAGAGUGUAAGUUGCUGAGUGAACAGCCUAGCACUUGAGCUGGCCAACCAAUACAUGUGUACAGAGUCAAUUUCAUUGCUACCUUUCUCCGCAGUUCUCCCUCACAAAAUGUUUGUUACAAUAGAUGAUGUCAUGUUGCAGGUUCAACGUAUUUAUGUAAAUAGAGGGUCAGAGGGCAAAGGGGAGGGGUCAAAAGUUGCCAGACAUUACAGAUUAUUCAUACACAAAAUGAAAGCUAAUAUGCAACAUUUGAAGGAGUGUACAGGUAUACCCGCAGGCCCGUUGGUAGAUGUGAGGAACCAGGAAGAGAACCCAUGCUAAACAUAGAGCUCCUCCUCAAACAUGGAGCAUAUUGAUAGGACCAUCCUUUUACCCAAGAGCCAUGUUAGUGUAAUCAAGAAACCCUUGGUCUUGUAUUAGAUAUUCAGUAUUUAAAAAAAAAACAGUUGUACGAUACACUUGCUUAUAUUUUCAUAUGAAAGGAAUACAAUGCUAAACAUUUUUGUGGCUUUUUGUAGUUUCUAUAAGCCAGAAUGUGUUUUUUGAUAGCUUUGCUAACAUGAGAUGGAUAGUCCGAGAAUAAAUGAAAUGACUGGGCAUCCAAACCAAGCCAUGAGAACAGACUGAGAACCCAUGCUUUGCUGAACUGUUUUCUCUUUGUAGAGGUUUUGUUUUUAAACGUGUAUUUCUAAUUAUAUAUAAUAAUUAUAAAAUUAAGACUCUUUAAAAAAUAAUCAGUGAAAUUAACAUGCUUGUGUAUAGCUUUCUAAUAUAUAAAUAUAUAUAAUAAUGUUUGUUUUUUCUUAGUGGAGUUUCUUAUGUGCAGUUGUUUGUUCUUUUGUUUUAUUUGAACCUGGGACAGUGCUGUUCAGAGGCAUAUUUAGUCUAACCUUGAGAACCAGCUGAACAGAGUUGACCAUGUCAGUGUUUGUGAGUAAAUUAAGAAAGAUAGACCUCUUUCAAACAACAUGUUUGAGGAAACUGUGUGGGGAUUGGAACAGGGGGUUAAUGCCCAGGCAGGAGAUGACAUCCCACUGGGCAAAGACAUCAGUUGAAGUUAUAGUUUUGAUUUAGAUUUGGUUUGAGUUGUCAAUUAACGUGAAUUCAACGUGAAAUCAACAAAACAUGUCACCACGUCAUUGGAUUUAGUUUAAAAGGGUGAAGAAAAUACGAAAUUCCCUUUGAAUUUGUGGGUUGAAAUGAUGUGGAAACAAUGUCGAUUCAACCAGUUUUUGCCCAGUGGGAUGAGACAUGCCAAAUGAACGUUUGAUAUCACCCAUGAUGACCCAGCUUUGCUGUGUCAUGAUCCUCAUAGUUAGGAUUCUACAACAAUACCCUCCAACAUCCUCUUUGAUGGCCCUUUGGCCGACGUAUUGUGUAUAUUUUCAAGGUUUUAUUUAAUGUUUUCACUACAAGUCCUUUGCCAAUCAUCAUAAUGAGACCCAACCUUGUGUGCAGGACACCACAUAAAUCCAGAUUGAAAUAUUUAUUUGAUAGUUCCAAUUUGUAUUUGUGUCAAAUGAUCGAGCUGUUGAGGAUUUUUGCGGUCUCUAAUCACGAGGUGUUGUGCUGUAUUUGACCCCACUCAGUCCAAUGGCCAGCUCAGUGUUCAUGCUGGUUUAGGAGAAGCACGAGUUGAUUUCAGACAAAUAUAACUUAUAAAAAAACAUGAAACUAGCCACAUCUCUCUCUCUCUCUGCCUCUCACUCCCUAGUCUGCUGUCACUCAAGUGUCAUGGUAUUUCUAUGUGCAUAUUUCAUGCCAGUUCACUAUGUUGUUAGUGUAUGCAGUCUGUGUAGUCAGAAACAGGGGCAGAGCCCCUAUGGUGUUCUUUCUUUUUUUUAUUCAAUACAAAAGAUUUUUAAAAUACAUGAUAUUUCAGGCAGCAUAUGUGUGGAAAAACCAAAGCCAGUGGCAUUUCUGUAUUGUAAUAUUAUUCAACUUUUAUUUUCACAUUCAUUUAUGGUUAUUGCAAGCAUUGAAAAAAAAAACAAUAAAAGCAUUUGCUCAAAAUGUACAAUUGGUUUCCAUUUCCAUUUCAAUUCGGUCAGACUUCAUAAUGUUAUAUGUUAAACGGGUAGAGGUUUGGAAUACCAUUGCAAGUCCUUCUUAAUACACGGUGGUAGCUAGCUAUAUAGUGUCAUAUGAAAUUGCCUAAUUUCAUAUUUUCAGAAGAAAUUUCCUUGUGAACUGCAUUUCAAAUCCUAAAACAAAUAUGUGUAAUUUUGAGUAUAUUCAUUGAUUCAUUGAGUGUGUAUCAUGGAAAAGCAUGUUCCAAAUCCCAUUUUUGUUCAUUUAGCUGGUUGAGUUACUUUAGAAAAAAACACAACACCAAAAUCUCCCUUUUUACCUGUAGUGUGCUUUCUGAGGUGUAGGUGGCAUUUCUUGAUAUUGUGUAACCAAAGACAUUGAGCAUGUUUGAUUUUAUUUAAGAUGUUAUUUUGGUUGUGGAUUUAAAGCAGUUGUAUUUCUUCACCUGUUGAUCAGUUGUAAUGCCAUUAUUCCUGUAUUAACUUAUAUAUACUGGUACCUCUAAUUGACCUACCCAGUACCUCAGCUAACCUGUUGAUCAGCCACUUCUAGUGCAAAGGGAAGACCAUACACUUGUACAGUCAUCUGGUAUUUACUUAAAGUCCCAACUAUUCACUUGGGAUUCUUUGAUUGCUUUACAUUGUUUGCGGUUUUCUUUAUUUUAGUUGUAUCCGUUUAAUAUAUAUAUAUAUAUAUAUAUAUAUAUAUAUAUAUAUAUAUAUAUGUGUGUGUGUGUGUGUGUGUGUGUGUGUGUGUGUGUGUGUGUGUGAAUAGCUAAAAAUGCUUACCAGUCUGUAGUAUCUAAUGUAGCUUGUAUAAAUCUGAAAAUUGUCGCGGUCUGAAAUUAGUGUUUGGAACGCAAGAGCGGCUUUCAGCGGCAUAAGCUGGCCUUUGUCGCUACUUGAAGAUACGAUGUUAUUCAAUUAAAACCACAUCUCUGUAUCUCACGGGACUUGAUUCAGCUGUAUGUCGUGAAAAAGCAUGGAAUCUGAAAUAAAAGUUUAUUCUGCUGGGGAAAAGGUAUUUGUAUUUUGCAGAGAAUUCAGUAAAGUUACUGGCUUUCUUAGUUA